AUGUCCAAUAUGCCCCUGUCGGAUCUAGAUCAAGAUAUUACGCCUAUCCCCCGUUCGCGGGAGGAGAACCAAGAGAGAGCCUUUAUCGCUGCGUCCCGGCGAAAGGAUCGCAGCUUAGAUGCUCGCUUGGAAUCUGCUAACCGGGCUUCUAUGUUACAUAAGAAGCGCACGGGCAAGGCCUUUCACAUCACCAAGGAGAUUGUCGAGAAAGAAGCCAUGUAUGAAGAGGUCGAUGAGCGGUAUCAAGAAAAACGCAUUCUCAUGCUGCAACGCCAGAACGAGCAAAUUGAAAAGCAAUUCCAGGACCAUCUAAUGGCCGCCUUCGCAGCCCGCGCUCAACUCAAUUCUUCCAUCCACAGCCGGCGAGCAAGCCACAUGACCCCACGCCCAUCAGCCAAUGGUGGUCCGCGCAAGAUGAGCUUGGACCUGUCUAAUAUGCGCUCUUCCUUCUCCCAAGGCUCAGGCCCAGGCUCAAUGGCGAGCCCGAUGCCAACGAGCGAUGGCUACUUACUAUCGCCCACGGCAUCAUACGACCCGAGUGCCCAGUCCUACAUGGCCUGCAUGAGUGGUUCCCAGACGCCAUACUCCGACAUGCCAUCGGGACUCCCAAACUACGUGAGCCAACAAGCCUCAGCACCAGCACCAGCCUGGAGCUCCCAAGUACCCGCAUGGGCCCCGAUGCAACAGCAGAACCCAACCCCUGGGCAAACCCCCACAGACACGCACGCCGUGCAAAUGUGGCAGCAGCAAAUGAUGCAGCAGAAUCAGAUGCCCGACACGGCAACCCAAAUGCAUCAGUUCAGAGAUCGCCUUGCGUCCGCACCGGAAUUGCCUCUGCAGCACUCGACGGCUCCACCGAUUCCCUCAGCAUCCAUCUCGGGCCCCACCGGCCAUAGCCCUUCCCAUGGUCACUCGCGCGGCCAGUCCCAGCCAUCGAACAACUUCCACAACCUCAGUCUCCUUACGCAGAGCACGCACCAUUCCCACUCGCAGAUCGCCCCCUCUAAUUUUAGCUCUCCUAAGAUCGAGGCCCUCUCAGCGGGCACUCACUCCACUCCAGACUUCUGUCCCACCCCCAACACCCCACUGUCGCCGAAGACUGCUACGGCGCAUGCUACUAUGUCGCCGGGUGGGAAGGUCGACAGUGAUGGCAUUAUGGUCUCGCAUGAGGGGAUGGAUCCUGAUUUCACGGAUUUCAGUCAAUUUGCUUUCCACCUGGGGAACUCGACUGUUCCGCUUUCCGACCGUGAUCAGCCUUUUGGCUUCGAUGAUCUUCUCGCUGUUGAUGAUUUCACCAGCGUCUCUUGUUAA